AUGGUCAUCCUCUCCAAAUCGGUCCAUCCAUCAGUCGUGGCUGCCCGCGGGUUAUCCAUUGCCAAAGAAAAUGUCAUGCGCCCCUUGAAAAUCCCGAUCGUUAGGCCUCCCCAGGCCAAAUACGGCGGUCGUCACCGCUGCACCUUGCUUCCUGGAGAUGGCAUUGGACCGGAAAUGCUCACCCACAUCAAGCGCAUCUUUGCGCAUAGCCAUGCCCCGGUCGACUUCGAAACGAUUGAGCUGAGCUCAAAGCAAACCGAUGGCGACAUGGAAGCCGCUCUGAUGGCCGUUGAGAGAAAUGGAGUGGCUAUCAAGGGCAAUAUCGAAACGAAACACCACGACCCCGUGUUCAAGUCACGAAACGUUGAACUACGCCAUCGUCUCGACCUCUACGCCAAUAUUAUUCACUGCGUCACCAUUCCCACUAUUCCUAGCCGUCAUACUGGAAUCGAUAUCGUCAUCGUGCGUGAAAAUACUGAAGGCGAAUAUUCCGGCCUGGAACAUCAAUCGGUUCCCGGCGUCGUUGAGUCUAUCAAGAUCGUCACCGAAGAUAAAAUCAAUCGCAUCGCCAAAAUGGCAUUCGAUUUUGCUAGGGUGAAUAACCGUCGAAAGGUUACUGCCGUACAUAAGGCCAAUAUUCAAAAGUUAGGAGAUGGCUUGUUUUUGAAGACUGCCAAGCGUAUGGCUGAAGAAAAAUACCCGGAUCUCGAAUUUGAAUCGAUGAUUGUUGACAACGCCUCGAUGCAGCUGGUACCUAAGAAAUAU